UGAAUGUGUCAGUUACGCAUACUGUAUUCUCCUCAGUUUUCAUUGGGUGGUGGGCGGAUGCACUGUGGCUUGGCAGUAGAUUCAACAUGGCCGAAGGCAACAACUGGAUGCCUCCGCGACCCUGUGAGGCCUACCAAGCUGAGUGGAAGCUCUGUCGCAGCGCCUGGAACUUCCUGCAUCACUACUAUGUCCACGGGGAGCUCCCGACCUGCGACCAGUGGCUGCGCGACCUGACCAGUUGUCGCGACUGGGAGGAACGCCAUAGCACCGAGGCCCAGCGAUCCCUCUGUGAGAGUGAGCGGGCACGUGUCCAGGCUGCACAGAAGAACACCCUGGUGUGGGCCCUGAGGCAGAGCCCUCCUGCUGACUGGCACCUUCCUCUGCUGCAGGAAAAAAAUGAGUGACAAGCAUCCCUCUCCUUGGCCUGUGCAGCUUCCUCAAGUCUGUUUCAAGUGGAGCUGACACACAGCCCUAAGAACUGUGACCAGCCCAAACCAUCUAAUGAGAGGGACCCCCUUGAGUUUCCACUCAACCUGUUACACAGAACUGGACAUCUGUAGCCCUAACCUGCUUGUCUCUCACCAGCAUCAGGGUAUCUACCACCACAAUGCAUUGAAAGACUAUUACCCUCUCUAUAUAGAUUAUGGGAAGCCAAGUAUUGUGGCAGGUACCUGUGAGCAGUGAAGCCAGACUUACUAAUGCCUACCCCAGGAAUAAGUCUCUGGGUUAUAGGAUUCUCAGGAUAACUUGAGUGAGAACCCUGACAAGUGUGGACACUUGGUUAAGUCAGAAUGAGGUGGCUAAACAGUUGUACUUAUAUGAACUACUCUCCUUGUCAUUGGGAAAUAGACUACCAUAUCCCAGGCUUUAUGAUUACGUAUUGCAGCCUUUGACAUCCAAGCAUGCUCAAUUCCACUGCAGAUGCAGAUGGGGUGUGACAAGCAGGCAGGAGCUCACUGGCUCCUCUGCACUAGGAAACUUCAUGGAAGGCUCCCAAGGAGGCCCUUGGAGAUUUUUUAAGAAGUGCACAUAGGAAUAGAAAACAACCUUGCCAACCUUGCAAAAGCAGCAAAUACAAAAGGGCUGGGUCUUUUAUUUUAAGGCUAAUAAGUUUUCUUCAAAUAGUUUCUAUUGUAAUUUAAGGGAAAGACAAACAUUAAACAUCAAUAUAUGAGUCUUGGAGUGGACAUGUCAAAUAUAUGCAUAUGAACACCAAGAGCACUAAUUUUUUUUUUAGAAGUUUAUUACUAAAUAAGGUGGUUUAGCACCUUGUGGCUGUGUAACUGGCUCCAAGUGCAAUGCUGAGGACCACUUUGGGUAUGUGUCCAGCACUCUCUCCUAUCCUUUCCUGGAUAUGGGCAGUGGGUUAAAUAUCUUUCGAUUUGUUCUUUGAAACAAAAUAAGUGAUCAUUUCAGAAAGGCAUGCAUUAACAAAUAAAAUUUCCAAGUGUG